AGAGGCUUUAUUUUGUCAGUACCGUGCUGCCAUCUGGCUGACAACGCUGCUUCGUGGAACUUUUACAUAGAUCUCUUGCAGCCCGUGGAAGUAACCCUUAACACGUUGGAGAAUGGCGGCACAAAUAUCCAAAAAGCGAAAGUUCGUCGCUGACGGUGUCUUCAAGGCUGAACUCAACGAGUUCCUGACUCGUGAGCUCGCCGAGGAUGGCUACUCAGGUGUGGAAGUGCGUGUUACACCAACCCGCACUGAAAUCAUCAUCAUGGCCACAAGAACACAGAGCGUUCUUGGAGAGAAGGGAAGGAGGAUCCGUGAAUUGACCUCCGUUGUGCAGAAGAGAUUUAACUUUGCCGACCAGUCCCUUGAGCUGUAUGCCGAGAAGGUCGCCACCAGGGGUCUGUGCGCCAUCGCUCAGGCUGAGUCUCUUCGUUACAAACUCAUCGGUGGUUUGGCUGUCCGAAGGGCGUGCUAUGGUGUUUUGAGGUACAUCAUGGAGUCUGGAGCCAAGGGCUGUGAGGUCGUUGUCUCUGGAAAGCUGCGUGGUCAGCGUGCCAAGUCCAUGAAGUUCGUCGACGGUCUCAUGAUCCACUCUGGAGAGCCCACCAACGAGUAUGUUGACUGUGCUACCCGUCACGUGUUAUUGCGCCAAGGUGUGCUUGGCAUCAAGGUGAAAAUCAUGUUGCCAUGGGAUCCUCAUGGCAAGAUUGGACCCAAGAAGCCCCUUCCAGACAAUGUUUCCGUUGUGGAGCCCAAGGAAGAGGUUUUGCCCACAGGACCAAUGAGCGACCACAAACCCGCUAAGGAUGGUCCUAUCAUGUCAUAAGUUUGCAACAUUAAAUAUAAAAACUUAAAAAG